GUGGGGAGCUGGGGGUUGGGCUGCACCCCCUCACUGCAGCCUGGGGUCUUCCCUUUUCUCUGGAAAAGCUGCUCCCUGUUUCACCAUCUCCUCUCAGUCUGAGUCCCAGCGACUCUGCAUAGGAGUCUGCAGGGCAGGAUGGGCCCUGAAAUCUGACAGCUGGGAGGCCCUUUACAGCAGUUUCUAACCCUCCCUCCCCUGCUCCUUCUAGGAAGUACCAGAAAAGCAUCUGGCCCCCCUGGGAAAAGAGAGAGAAGCAGCCAAAGCAGAGGAGGAGCGGCACAGCGAAGAGCUGCUGAAACAGACGGAAGCCGAGAGGCAGAAGAUCAUCUGGGAGUGGAAGGAGCUGCGAGGGUUUCUGGAGGAGCAGGAGCAGCAGAUGCUGUCCUGGCUGGAAGAGCUAGAGAGAGCCAUUGUCCAGAGAAGGGAUGAGGGCAUCUGCAGCCUGUCCUGGGAGAUUUCCCUGCUCACUGAGAGGGAAGGAGAGAAGGGGCAGCAGCCGCUGAGCCAACCCCUGCAGGGUGCUGGGAGCACUGGGGGCAGGGAGGACAGGACAUUUUGGAAGCCAGAACUGACAUUUGCGGAGCUGGAGAAGAGACUCAGCGAUUUCUCUCUGAAAAGUGCCAUGCUGCAGGAGGUGCUGCUGGGAUUCAAAGAGACGCUGCGACGGGCGCUGGGGAGUGACACAGCCAUCCCGAUGAUAAUUAAUUUCUUGGAAACAUCCUCAGCAGAAUUAUUUGAAGGUGUUGCACCAGAGAGUAAAGGUACAGAGGCAGUGGCUUUUGGGAAACAGGGAGGCAGAGUAACACCCACCUUUGACUCCAGCUUGUCCCAGCCUCCCACGGGACAGGGAAGGGAACUGGCUGUAGUGGAGCCAGUCCAGGGGCCGGUGACCUUCGAGGAGGUGGCUGUGUAUUUCACCAGGGAAGAGUGGGCUCUGCUGGACCCCUGUCAAAGAGUCCUCUACAGAGACGUCAUGCAGGAGAACUAUGAGAAUGUGACCUCGCUGGGUGAUGCAAUGGUAUGUGACAAAGAGGAGCAGAAUUCUCAGAAGGAAAAUAUUGAGCAAGUGGAUAAACACAGAGCAUUAUCGCAAAGAUCGAAAAGGAAUGUGUCCAGGAGUCAUGAGCAGGGAAACUCCUGUGAGAUUCAGCACAGACCAGAAAGAGAACAGGGAAACCAUCCAGGGGAGAAAGUGGGUAAAUGUAUUUCCUGUCGGGGAACUCAGAAGGACCUCAAUGAAACCACAACACAGCAGGAAAUCCUCAGGGGAAAGAGAAAAAAUACAUGCACUGAGGAUGGGAAAAUUUUAUCUGACUACUCAGUCCUUAUUAAGCAUCAGAGAAUCCACACAGGAGAGAGGCCCUAUGAAUGUCAUGAGUGUGGGAAAUGCUUCACUAAGAGUUCAUCCCUUUCUGAACAUCAGAGAAUCCACACAGGGGAGAGGCCCUAUGAAUGCAGUGACUGUGGGAAAACCUUCAAUCGUAGCUCAAACCUUUUUACCCACCAGAGAAUCCACACAGGGGAAAGGCCCUAUGAAUGCAGUGAGUGUGGGAAUACCUUCUCUUGGUACUCAGAGCAUUUUAGCCAUCAGAGAAUCUGCAAGGGAGAUCAACACCAUAAAAACCUCUAGGGCUAUCAAUACUUUUUCUUUUAAAAUUUUCCUGAUUCCCACAUAGUAACUUUUGAAGCUGUUUGAACUGUUUGCAGCACUGUUAUCCUUCAACUUGACCAGAUGAGUGGCCCAGUUUUGCCUUUUUGCAGUUUCCCCUGUUUUGAGGUGGACCCAUUUGUCCUUUCUAUCAACUCCAUUGUCUCAUGAGUAAUGGAAGUGUGCCCUUCCUCUCAGGAACCAGGGACCAUCAGAUUUAUACCAUUCCUCCUAUUGCAAAGUUAUUGUUAGAGUCACCAAUGAGUCAGAUGAUAUCAUUGCCAGUUAUUCUCACAUUGCUCUGGGUUGUGCUGAAGAGCAGUAAUAUUGGGAACUUUACAAAUUAUAUGUAAAUGAAGAGGACCAGGGGCAGGGAAAAAAGUGUCAUUUCAGCCCCUGUGACACCAGAAGGAUACAGGGUGACUCAGAGAUUCCCUCCUUCCCCAUCACCGCAGAACUGUUACCUUUUGUGUGAGCCAUGUAGAGUUUAUCUUCAUCACAUUCUAUCCAUCCACUUCUCAAAGUGUCAUGUGAUGAAGCAUUCUCCAUUGUCUGUGCUUGGAGAUGAUGCUUUGACUUCUUUAAUCCUAUAUCAGAGUCACUAUGAGUGGAGAUGAAAGUGUCAAAGACCUGAAAGGGGAAUUCAAAUGGAUCCCAAACACAGUUUGAUCAUUUAGAGUUUAAAUCUGAGGUUCCAUCUAUUGGUAAAGCCACUUCUUACAAGGUAGCUAUUUUGUCCCCCAUUAUGGCAAUGCUAGGAUACUAAAAAUGUUGUAAAUAACAUAACUGACUAUUGAAACAGUGGUGAGUGAAGCAGGUUUGAAUGAAUCAGAGGAGAAUGUGAUGGGAGAAUGUCUUGUCCUGAUUCUGAAUAAUCAGAUGUAACCUGCUCUGGAAUUUCAUUUGACACUUCCAUUGUCAUGUAUUCUGUCUCUCUGUGAUGUGGGUUUCUAUCUUUCCUGAAGGCUGUUUGGUCACCCAGUUGGAUAUUAGUUCAGUUUGAUAUGAUGUAGCUCAGAUUUAUUGGAGAACUUAAGACAUAUGACCAUUAGCUAAAGUCAUCAUUUCUCACUUCAGCUUUGCUUUUUCUCCAUCCCUCUAUGAUGACAUGGAGAAAGUUCAAGUGCAGAUCUGUCAACAGGAGAGAACUCUCUAAUUUACUGGACAUGCUAACAAAGAAACAGCAGUGAUUUAAAAUCUCUACUCGGAAAUGGUGAACAACAGCAAACGCCAACUAACUGAAGGAAAUGCAUAUGAUCACAGUGUAGUUCAAUUGUUAAAGUCAAUAUUGUCUCAGAUGAUCUGGGGAGAGAAUUCCACGGUAAGUGAUUUUGAAGUAGGCAAAAUGCCCAUGUAUUUGAUUGCCAAAUCAUGUGUAGCCCAGGCCCUACAAAAGAUCUCUCCUAGCUAAUUCUAUGUUAUGGGGAAUGCUGCCCUUCAUGACACAGAUGUUGAGGAAACAGAAGUGGGUUUUUUGUUGAAUUUAUCCUUUGUAGGUGUUGAAAAUUUGUAUAAAAUCAAUGUUGGAAAUCUAAUAGCUGCAGAAAAAUAGCUAUUUUUGAGUAGAAUCUCCAGCUCUGGUAACAAACAAAGUUUAUGAUCCAGCCCUGUAUCCAGUCCCUUGCCUGGAACUGUGCCACCUAAUUAAAGAAAAGCUGGGCAUGCUUCGGGAAGCCAUUCCUCACUAACAUGGCUAAGAUUUUGAGUGGUUUUGUAAAGGAUUCUACUUCAGACAAGUGUAAAUUUACCCUAACCAAGGCCAAGGAUUUGGAAAGAACUGGGGUGGAAAGAAUACACACUCAGUUCUAGGUUUCCACCCCAGUAAAGCAAGCUAUGGUGACCAAUGACCCAAGGAAAAUUGUUUGUACAACUCCACUUCCUAGUUCAGUGUCACUGAUUACAGUUCCAGAGGAUACCAGGGUUAGACUGAGAACAAUCAUCCUUCACCAUUUGGAUGAAAAGAGAGAGUGCUUCAUAGGACAUUCCUUCCCCGUGAAUCCCAAACUCGCUGCCUGAUUGGGUAACAAGGACUUUCAGGCUGUAGAAAUGAUGGUAACCCAUGAGGCAACUAAUGUGUCAGGCUGCAAUUUCAGACUUCUGGAUACACGCAUGUUGAGUCCUGAUUCUAUGGUUUUGUGUCUGACGCUAUGACUAUACAAUAAAGCUGAUGUCGGCGCAACUGCAUAAUGUAGCUGCGCUGCUGUAGCACUUCUAUUACAGAUGCUCUCAGCCAAUGGGAGCAAUCUCUCCCAUCAGACUUUAUUAGUGUAGCCCCCACAAGUGGAAGUGGCUAUGUUGGCAGGAGAAGCUCUCCUGCUGACGUAUCACUAUCUACACAGUAGGUUAGGACUGUGUAAUUACAUUGCUCAGUGGUGUGGAUUUUUCACACCUCUGAGCAAUAUAGUUAUACCAAAAAAUGUCUUUAGUGUAGACCAGACAGUUCUCUCUUGUGUUUUAUGCAUUUACAUCACUUCUCCUCUCUUCACCUACUUUGAAAGAUAAAAAAGUGUGAAAAGAGAGGUAUUUUUCCUCAUGGUGCACAUGGGCCACAUAUUUCAGAAGAUCCUGAUAUAUAUAUACUCACAGAAGUGGUUGGGACCUACGUUGAGACGAACCACAAAUUGAGCCAGGGUUCAGUUGUUGGCAAUGGGCAUUAAAAGAAAACUAACAUAUAUUAUAAGAAUUUGUGAUCUUUGAAUAUGUUCUUGUUACCAAUGAAAAUGAAAUUAUAGGUGAAGUUAUUGGUUAAAGAAUAAGAGACUAAUUGUAUGAUAAUCUGAAUUAUUUUGGAAAAGUGAUACUUGUCUUGUUUUGUUAGUCGUACAGGAAAUGAUGGCUAAUCUUGAAAAGUUAAUUUGAUUUAAUUUACCCCCUGUAGUGUAAGAAGAUCCGGUAGAAAACCUCACUCCAAUGGUUGGGAUGGAAGAAUGUGUGUGAGAAAGAGUGUAUAAGAGAAUAUUGGUCCUGUAUAGAUUUUAACUUUUUGUGUUUCAAAUAGAACUUUUUUUGCUUAGGCUACAUCUACACUACGGGGGGGGGGGGGUUGAUUUAAGAUACGCAAAUUCAGCUACGUGAAUAGCGUAGCUGAAUUCGACGUA